AUGAGUGAAGAUGCAUUCGAUUACAUUAGCAAGAUUGAUCCACGGAUGUGGUCAAGGCAUGCAUUUAGAAAUUAUAGUUGUAGUGAUAUAUUAACGAAUAAUACUGCCGAGUGUUUCAAUGCGUGGAUCCUAGAGGCAAGAGAUAAGCCUAUUUUGGGAUGCAUGGAAUUAAUAAGGCGGCAACUAAUGGGUAGGUUCAAUCAAAAAAGGGCUAGAGCGGAAACUUCAAAAAAUGAGAUUUGCCCUAAGAUUGUGAAAAAAUUGGAGAGAAACAAGUCAUUGGCAAGAAACUACAUUUGUCAUUGGAGUAAUAGAUUACAGUUUGAGGUCAACCAUAGUCAUGAGCCUAGGAGGAUUGUUGAUCUAGGGAGAAGAACCUGUGGUUGUGGUAGAUGGCAACUCAAUGGUAUUCCAUGCCCCCAUGCAGUUUCUGCAAUUUAUUUCCAUAGGCAAGUCCCUGAGAAGUAUGUCAGUCAGUGGUAUUUUAUGGAUACUUUUAGGAAGUCAUAUGCCCCCGAUAUAUAUCCGAUACCAUCGACUUAUAAUGAGUGGCCUGUUGAUCAUGAUGUGGAACCUAUACUACCUCCUAUACCCAAAAAAACAAAAAGGAGUUGCCGGCAACCAGACAAUCCAAACAAGAAGAUUUGGCCGAAAAAGGUUGUGAAGGCAAAGCCAAACAAUGAAACUGAGGGAGGAUCACAAUAUGCAGGAGAACCCACCACCACUUUCGACAACAGAGGCCUAAUUAGCCAACCAGUAGGGAUUAGUGGAUCACAAGCGGGAGGACAAUUUAACGCUGGAUCACAUUUCGGCCAGGAUAGGGCAACUCAAUAG